GUCCGCAUCUCCCAGAGUAUGUCCUGGCUGAUCUAUGCUCUUCCACUUCUCUUCUGCUUUGGCUCAGGGAAUGCAGUUUCACAGAGCAACUCAAGCCCAGUGGUGGUAAAUGGGGUUGUAGGGGAAUCAGUAACUCUACCCCUGAGGUUUCCAGCAAAAGAGAUCAAUGCUGUCAUCUGGAGUUACAAGGACACAUUCAUUACUAUCUGUCAGUCAUCUGGAACCCCAAAGUCCCUGUUUCCUAAUCCCGAAUAUGACAAGAAACUGAACUGCACCCAAUCCUAUUCCUUACAUUUCUUCAAUCUGACAAGGGCAGACUCAGGAUCUUACCGAGCCCAGAUAAACAUAGGAACCAAUGUGACAUACUCCAAUUAUGACCUAAAGGUCUUUGGACGACUACGUAACUUACAAGUUUUUCAUCACAGCCAGCCAUCUAAGAAUGGAACCUGCAAGAUCCACCUGACUUGCUCCGUAGAGAACAUAAAUGAUGCCAUCUCACUGGGGUGGCAGCUCUCAGAAAAUACCUCUCUGAGUAAACCAAACAUCACUGUCUUCUGGGACUCCAAGGAUUCCAGUAACCAGAGCUACUUGUGCAUAGCAAAGAACCCCGUCAGCAAUUUGUCUUGCCCUGUCUCUGCCAAGAGUCUCUGUAAAGGUAUUUCAACUGAAAAAAAUCUAUACUUGAUUAUAACUGUAACUUCUGUGAUACUUAUACUCAUUAUCAUUAGUAUCAUUGUGAUGAUACUAAUUUUCAAGAAGAAAAAAGGUUCCCUUCAUUUCCUUACUGUGCAUCCUGAGCCUUCAGACAACAGAGAGCUCCCUUCCAUCUCUCAAGGGAGCACUGUGUAUGCGCAGGUCAAUCAGCCACGCUUGGUGGGUCCUUUACAUUCCAUUGCUGUUUCUGUUCUUACCCUGAUUAUCCACAAACAUGUCACCAUGAUUGUCUGGUCUGAUUGUCUGGCAAUUUUCAUUACGUUCAUUUAA